CCUUUUUUUCUUUUCUCAUAGCAAAAUCCAGUCAUGCCGUCCAUCUUGUCCAAGCACACAAAGUCCUACGGCAUUGCAGUCGGCAGCGCCUUCCUGCUCGUCGGCAUCUACUCUGCCGUCACGCGCAACCCAAAGUCAAGCUCCAAGGAUGACUCGGUCGCAACAUCCGCCGCAGCCGCUGCCGCGAGCCGCCAAGCAAAGUCCAAGAUUGCAGUCGACGGCGUCUUCUUUGCGCGGUUGCGCAAGCUGCUCAGGAUUGUCAUUCCGGGCGUCUUUACUCCCGAGAUGGGAUUCAUUGUGCUCGUCGCAGCAGCCAUGGUCGGACGAACCUACUGCGAUCUGUGGAUGAUCAAGACCACCACCGCCAUCGAGUCGACCAUCAUUAGCCGCGACGCGGCGGGCUUCCGUGAGGGCCUGGUCCACUUUUUCAACGCCCUGCUGCCCAUCAGCUGCGUGACCAACCUGCUCAAGUACGGCCUGAACGAGUUGGCGCUGCGCUUCCGCACACGCCUCACCAACCACCUGUACAGCGAGUACCUGCGCGGCUUCACCUACUACAAGAUCUCCAACCUCGACAACCGCAUUGCCAACGCCGACCAGCUGCUCACCCAGGACUUGGAAAAGUUUUGCGACUCGAUCGCCGACUUGUACUCGAACGUGUCCAAGCCGAUUCUGGACAUUUUCAUCUACGCACGCAAGCUCGCCGGCUCGAUCGGCGCCCAAGGCCCGGCGUACAUGCUCGCCUACCUCGCCGUCUCUGGCGCCUUCCUCACCCGCCUACGCCGCCCGACGGGCUGGUACACGGUCAACGAGCAGCGCCUCGAGGGCGAGUUCCGCUUUGUCAACUCGCGUCUCAUCACGAACGCCGAAGAAAUCGCCUUCUACAAUGGCAACGAGAAGGAGAAGCUCGUCAUCACCCAGACCUUCAACCGCCUGGUGAACAUGCUCCGUCGCUCGAUGCAAUUCCGCUUUGGCAUGGGCGUCAUUGACUCGUUCGUCGCCAAGUACUUUGCCACGAUCAUCGGCUUCACUGUCGUCAGCCGUCCCUUCAUGGACCCAACCAGCGAGCGCUUCAAGGGCAUGUCUCACUCGGAGAUGAUGGAAGAUUACUACAAGAGCGGACGCAUGCUCAUCAACCUGGCCACCGCCGUCGGCCGUCUCGUCCUCGCGGGCCGCGAGCUCACGCGUCUUGCCGGUUUCACCACCCGCAUGACCGACCUGAUGGAGGUGCUGCACGAUCUCAACCACGACCGCUACAAGCGCACCAUGGUCCAGAGCCAGCAGGCAGGCGCGUCUGCCACUGCCGCCGCUGCGCAGGACAACUCGGGCUUGCCACCAGUGGCGCCGAACGCUGGCAAGAUUUUCUACCAGGACCACGUCAUCAAGUUUGAGAACGUGCCGUUGGUCACGCCCAACGGCGACAUUCUCGUGCGCGCCCUCUCGUUCGAGGUCAAGUCGGGCUGCAACGUCCUCGUGGCAGGCCCCAACGGCUGCGGCAAGAGCUCGCUCUUCCGAACGCUCGGCGAGCUCUGGCCCAUCUUUGGCGGCAAGCUCACAAAGCCCGCAAAGGAGAAGCUCUUUUACGUGCCCCAACGUCCCUACAUGACGCUCGGCACCCUCCGCGACCAGGUCAUCUACCCGCACUCGCAAGCAGACCUCGCCAAGCGCGGCAUGACCGACGCCGACCUGCUCGAGUUUUUGAAGCAAGUCAAGCUCGACUACUUGGCCGACCGCGAGAACGGCUGGGAUGCCGUGCAGGACUGGAUGGACGUGCUUUCCGGCGGCGAAAAGCAACGCGUGGCCAUGGCUCGUCUGUUCUACCACCGUCCUCAGUUUGCCAUUCUCGACGAGUGCACCAGCGCCGUCUCGGUCGACGUGGAGGGCUUCAUGUACGACCACUGCCGCAAGCUCAACAUUACCCUCUUCACCGUGUCCCACCGCAAGUCGCUCUGGCGCCACCACGAGUACGUCCUUCAGUUUGACGGCAAGGGUGUUUACGAGUACCGCGCUAUUGAUCACAAGGCCGAGCACUUUGGGUCUUGAACGAGGUGGCGAGAGGGGCUGUGUGUUUUUUGUUGGUUGGGCGUGCAUUCAUGUUAUGUUCUUGUCCUGGUGCAAAUGCAAAAUACCAUUUUUUUUUGUUGAUCCAG